AGUUGCAUUUCUUGGGCUAACCCAAUAUGCCUUUUACGCAUGGCUAUUUGAUCCCCAAAAGUACCCACCCAAACACAAACACAUGAAAACCAUACCAUGUAGGCCUCCUCUCUUUCUUUUCCUACAAAGGAAAGCUCACACUUGGGCUGGUGCCCUUCUUACUGAAACCCAGAAAGCUCAUGCCCAUGCCCUUCAACUUGGUACCUCGGAUGCAUUCUUCCAUGCACGCCAGUUGUUCGACGAAACGCCUGACUUGAGCGUGGUAUCGGCCACAUCAAUAAUAGGCAGCUUUGCUCGGCAGCACCAUCAUGAAGAAGCUAUUUAUCUCUUUUCAAGAAUGCUUCUUUUGAAUGUCAGACCCAACGAAUUUACAUUUGGCACUGUCAUUCACUCGUCAACUGCACUUGGAGACCUAAACAUAGGCAAGCAACUUCAUGCAUGUGCAACAAAGAUAGGUUUGCAUUCGAACGUCUUUGUGGGAAGUGCAAUGUUAGAUCUUUAUGCCAAGUUGAGCAUUACCCAGGAUGCUAAAAGAGCUUUUGAAGAUACCCAGAAGCCCAAUGUAGUUUCUUACACCACAUUGAUAUAUGCAUACCUGAAAAAGGAGAAGCUUGAAGAAGCUUUGAAGCUUUUCCAAGUGAUGCCAGAGAGGAAUGUUGUUUCAUGGAAUGCAAUGAUUGGAGGGUAUAGCCAAACAGGCCACAAUGAAGAGGCUGUCAAUCUAUUCAUUGAGAUGCUUAGAAAUGGGUUGGUACCUAACCAUUCUACUUUUCCUUGUGCUAUCAUUGCAGCUGCCAAUAUAGCAGCACUAGGAAUGGGCAGAAGUUUUCAUGCCUGUGCUGUCAAAUUCUUGGGUAAGCUUGAUGUGUUUAUUGGCAAUUCACUAAUAAGCUUUUAUGCAAAAUGUGGUAGCAUGGAAGAUAGUCUCUUGGUUUUCAACAAAAUUGAAGAAAGAAACAUUGUUUCUUGGAAUGCUGUGAUAUGUGGCUAUGCUCAAAAUGGUAAAGGAGAAGAAGCAAUAAGCUUUUUUGAAAGGAUGAGGUUGUCAAGUUGCAAACCCAAUAGUGUAACACUUCUUGGCUUAUUGUGGGCUUGCAACCAUGCUGGUCUUGUUGACCAGGGUUAUUGUUAUUUCAAUCAGGCAAGAAUUGAAGACCCCAGCAUUCUGAAGCCUGAGCACUAUGCUUGUAUGGUUGAUUUACUCUCCCGGUCCGGAUGUUUCGGAGAAGCUCAGGAGUUUAUCAGCAAUUUGCCU